AUGAUCCAUUCAAGGCCGCCACCGAAAGUCUAUCAUCUCUUGAUCAAGACCCACAAGACGACCAUUUUCGUAACCACCGCCCCUACAGCAUCCGUCGCGUCCGUGAAAGCUGAAGUGCUAUCCGCACUGACUUCGGACGUGAACAAGGAUACUGAGACGCCCGAAGUAUCCUCCGAAGACGACUUCGACUUGUGCAAGCCUUUCAAAGAGAAGGGGAAGCCAACUGGCGCGUACGAGGUGGUGGACACAUCGUUACAAAUCAAGCAGGCAGGAAUAAAUAAUUGGGAGCACUUGUUCAUCAAGUUUCACGAUGCAGAAUCCGGCGAACCACUUCCUAUCACCUACACUAAGCCGAGUUUUGACGGCGACGAGCACGAGGAAGUCGUAGAAUGGCACGAAGAAGAGGACGAAUCCAUGAUGGUCGAUAUUCCGAGCUCGUCUCCAGUGAGGAAAGGCAAGCGGAAGGCACCAUCAGAGUAA